UCUCUCUUUCUCUCUCUUUCUCUAUCUCUCCCCUUCGUCAUCGUCGUCGUCGUCUUCACGUAGUCUUUUUAUGUGGAAGGGGAGAAGCGGAGAGGGAGAAAAGAAGGCGACGCACUCCGCAUUUAUGGCCCUUCUUCGUCUCCCUCUCCCCCCUCCCCAUCUCUCCCUCUUUCUCACAUUUAUGUAGAGGUACAACCACUAGGUCUCGUCGCUCUCUCUGACUCUUCCUAACCCUUCCUCGCCUUCUUAUUCUUAGAUAGAGAAAGGGAGGGUUUUGAACCUCGGAGGAGAUUUCGCCCACUCGAGGAAAUGGCUUGUGAGGGAGAAAGAAGCCCCCAAAAGGGAUUCGGAGAGAGCGGUUCGGAUGAGGCCGAGUGGGAGAAGGUGGCCCAGAUGAGGGCCUGCGUCGAAGCACAAGACCCUGCUGCGAAGGAAGUGGACAAUCUGACGCUUCGAAGGUUCUUGCGGGCCCGUGAUCUAGACAUUGAGAAGGCUUCUGCCAUGUUCUUAAAAUAUUUGAAUUGGAGGAAGGGAGCUGUACCAAAUGGUUUCAUCUCCGAAGCGGAAGUGAAGAAUGAGCUGGCCCAAGAGAAGUUAUGCUUGCAGGGUUUCGACAAGAUGGGCCGCCCCAUUUUUGUUCUCUUCGGCGCAAGACACUACUACUGCAAACGAGAGAUGGAAGAGUUUAAGCGUUUUGUGGUUUAUUGUCUCGACAAAGUUUGUUCCAGAAUGCCUAGAGGUCAGGAGAAGUUCAUUUGCAUUGCGGAUCUUAAAGGAUGGGGAUAUUCAAACAGCGACAUUCGCGCUUACAUCGCAGCUCUAGAUAUCAUGCAGAACUACUACCCUGAGAGGCUCGGCAAAGUACUGCUAAUCCAUGUUCCUUAUAUCUUCAUGAAGGCGUGGAAGAUCAUAUACCCCUUCAUCGAUAAGAAUACCAAAAAGAAGUUUGUCUUUGUAGAAGAUAAGCACCUGCAAGCCACACUUCUAGAGAACAUUGACGAGAGCCAGCUCCCAGAAUUAUACGGUGGGAAGUUACCACUAAUUCCCAUUUAAAAAUCUGCAGAGUAGUUUUCUUUUCUUUUUCUUUUUUUUUUUUCUUUUAUGCAGAUUAUUAUUACUGCAAGUUAGUUUUAAAGCUACAUCUUCUCGUGUGUACACCUGAGUUACAAUGUUAAAUUGUUGCAAAGCUUCAUAUCGAGCUAUCAACUAAAGCGACAUGUAAUGAAUAACUUUAUUAUAGAAUAAAAAGAGGACAGUCUCUUUUUCUUCAUGGAAA